UUUGAUUCAAGUUUGGACAUUUUUGCAUAUGCUCAGUACAGCAGGAUGUCUGUGGAAUUAUUCUGAGCACUAGAAGUGUAAAAUGCACAUCAAGACAAGCCUACAUUGGCGUGCAUUCAUUUAGCAGAUGCUUUAAUCGUGCCACAAUCCAAAGUUUCAAAAUGGCUCUGAAAAGAGCUAGAACAGAGACGAGACCGUAAAACAAUAGCCAAAGAGUAAUUUAAGGUCGUGCACUGACAAUUGCAAUUAUUGCAUUGAAAUUCAAGCUUGUAGAUCAGCUGGCCAAGAUGGUUUGGAACCUAAAUGCAACUACAAGUUUAAGAUUUAUUUUCCAGCAAACACAAAACGUUUCUCAAAAAUUUGUACAGUAUGUGGUUCCCGUUUGAUGUGCAUGAAAAGUUUUUGCAUUUGCACACUGAGAAAGUGCAUUAACAAUUGUAAGUCAAAUGCAUCUUUAGGUGUUUCUGAUUCCAGCAUGGCGGUCCAGUGUUGGUGGAAGUCGAGCGAUUCUCAGUUCACUAACAGCGGAUUCGUGGUUGGAAGUGAUGCCUGGCGUUCCACGUGAACGCGCACUAUGCCCUCGUUUCCUAAAUGUUCAGAUUGGUUGCUGAAGUGUCGGAGGAUAUCACGUCUAACACAUAACACGACCUUUAAUUAGAAACUUGGCGGAUUUUUUUUCUCUCUUUCCCAUCCCCGGAGGCGAACACCUCGCAUAUCUCUCUCUCUCGCUCUCCCUCUCUCUGCAGCAUUAAUAAACAUCCUUGUAUCCUGCCCUCGGGCUGCACCAGUGAAAAGAUGCAAACAUACUUCAUUAGAGCUGUGGCAAUAAUUUGUAAGCUAAAUAUGCGAUGGGGCAGAUGAGAAAACGAUCUGAUAAGACUCGCACAGACGCUCAAGGAAGGGAGAAGCAUGUCACGCCUGUCUCUGACCCGGUCUCCGGUCUCUCCUCUGGCCACGCAGGGGAUUCCACUGCCGGCUCAGCUCACCAAAGCCAACGCGCCCGUUCACAUCGACGUGGGUGGCCACAUGUACACCAGCAGCCUGGCGACCCUCACCAAAUACCCAGACUCACGGAUCAGCCGGCUGUUUAACGGAACCGAGCCCAUCGUUCUGGACAGUUUAAAGCAGCAUUACUUCAUUGACAGGGACGGAGAGAUUUUCCGCUAUAUUCUCAGUUUCCUGCGAACCUGCAAACUGCUGCUGCCGGAUGACUUUAAGGACUUCCUUCUCCUGUACGAGGAGGCGCGUUAUUACCAGCUGAUGCCCAUGAUCAAGGAGCUGGAGCGGUGGAAGCAGGAGCGGGAGCAGAGGCGUCUGGCGCAGCCCUGCGACUGCCUGGUGGUCCGCGUGACCCCUGACCUCGGCGAGCGGAUCGCCCUCAGCGGGGAGAAGGUGCUCAUCGAGGAGAUCUUCCCCGAGACCGGUGACGUCAUGUGUAACUCAGUCAACGCUGGCUGGAACCAGGACCCGACCCACGUCAUCCGCUUCCCCCUGAACGGCUACUGCAGACUGAACUCAGUGCAGGUGUUGGAGCGUCUCUUCCAGAAGGGUUUCAGCGUGGCUGCGUCCUGUGGCGGCGGUGUGGACUCGUCUCAGUUCAGCGAGUAUGUUCUGUGUCGCGAGGACAGGAGGAGUCAGUCCACAAACACGCCCAUCAGGAUAAAGCAGGAGCCGCUGGACUAGAGACACGCGCUCAGGCCCUCGGUCCCUCGACGCACACACACACACACACACUCUCAGCAUUUAUAUUGGGAAUGUAAUCAAACUGCACCAGAAACCCAAAGAACUCCUGCAGGAUAUGAGCCCCGCCCUGUUCCACCUAAACCACCAAUCAGAGGACGUCCUCAUGCAUACGGAACGCAGGCUCCGCCCCUCUGCCGGUGCAGUGUGUGUGUGUCAUUAUCUCGUGACGGUUGCGACGCAGUGCUCACGAACAAUAAAAAAAACGCCAUCGUCAGGGGCUGGGGGUCCAUUUUUUUGGAUUGUUUUUCAUUUCAUCCUUGUUGUAUCUAAAGACGUUUUUCACUCCUUAUAGCACCAUGUUGUAUGCGGUUAGCAGUACUAGGCUGGAGUUUUGUGUUUAUUUCUUUUGUUACAUGAAGGAUGAUGGGAGUGGCGUUCUGAAGGCAUUACGUCUGAGAGACUUUCCUGGCAGGAAAAUGCUAUUACGCCCUCGGGCUGCGUGGCCGAGCAGUCUGGGGUUUAAUGUGUUUGCUGCUGAAGGUUUCUUUGUUUAAAGGAGCUGUAAGCAAACGUGGCUAUUUCUGAAGCUAGAGCAUUAAGCAUAUCGUUAAACAUCUGAAAUUUUUAUAAGCUCGCCGAUGCUUGAAUCAAAUGUGUUCUGAACUAUACGGUACCUAUACAAAGAGUCGUGUGUGUCAAGAACAAAAUGUAAGGAGCUCGAGGCAAAACAUGGGCAGAUGAAGACGUAUGAUUGUGUCUGUACCAUACGUUUGCACUUAAAUGUGUCGUGAAAACAAGCCGCCCGCGUGUUUAAAGAUUCAGUGGAAAUAGACUGCAGUUGACAGAAUGAGGGUACUAACUAUGAUGCAUUAAUUUUUAAACCAUCUUUGCGAAUGAAUAAUUGUUAUUCAUCAGCCCAGUUUUAGUUUGAAGUUGUCCGUUUUCUAUUUUGAUGUCAAAAUGUUGUCGAAUGCUGAGUAACGUUGUGAAAAAGGUGCUUGAUUUCAUCUGAUGUGUGUGUGAUGAAUGUGUCCAAACGCUCAACACAGAGAACUAGCAUUCCAGAGAUGUAUUGUUUCUCUGUCUGGAAAAAAAACAAAUAUUGUUUGCAAAUAUAAAUCUUUUGCCAUAAAUUUUAUGUAAAAAAAUUCAAACUGUUCCCUCAAAGCCAGUUUUUAAAUGCAUUAUUUAGCCUACUAGCUUUAACCCGUCUAUUG